AUGGUCGCCACUAGACCAGCUACUCCGCUGCUGCUUGUGCUCCUGGCCCUGGUGGGCGGCGGUGCCGGUGUCGGAACGGGGGUCCCUGAAAGCCCUUCGGUGGGAGAGGAGUCCUACAGCAGCAUGUCCAGGCUCAGGCGCCUGUCAGUGGAGUUCUUCGAUCGCCAUCAGAACAUAACUCUGUUGGAUCUGAGCCCGGAUCUGGAUCUCGAUCAGCCCUCGAGCGCGGAUCUUAAGUGCCUGGCAGACCUCCAGGUCCUCGCGAACGACGUGGCGGCAGCCAAGAUAUGGGCUUUGAAAAUGAUCGACUCGUGGGGCUCCUUGCCGUCGGGCAUCCUGUACGGCAAUCUGGUGGAUCUGGGAAACUUCGACGAGUGCCUCGGCAUUGACCACAGCGUCGCCAGCAACCACAGUGUCCAGGGAAAGUACUGCCUGACCAGGUUUCCUCUGGCGCCAAGUAUCUCCCACUACUUGGCCCUAAGGACAGCGGUCUGCUUUCCCGCCUCCUGUUCCUCCGCCCACAUGGACACAAUGCUGCGAAGACUGUUGCAGGAUCUUCUGAACAUAGAGUUCGAUCCGGAUGAGUCCCUGGUGAGGGAGGACACCUGCAAAACUGCCGAGCGAGAGCCCUACGACGGCCUCACUGUGUUCACCAUAGUCGUCCUAUCGGUACUAGGUGCCCUAGUGGCCCUCGCUACUCUCUAUGACUACUCCAUGUGUCGGGACGAAAGAGCCCUUAAUCCCUGGGUCAAGGCCUUCUCAGCGCGCGCCAACUCCCGGGUCCUCUUCCGCUUGGUGGACACCAGGAGCAAUCCCAACGUCAUAGACUGCCUCCAUGGCAUUCGGUGCCUCUCGUUCAUCUGGGUCGUCUACGGUCACGCAUACCUCGUCUAUGUGUACGGUCCCAAUAUGAACUAUGCCCACCUAGACACGUGGCGUAGAUCGGCGUAUAGUAUGUUAUUGCAGCAUGCAGCUUACUCGGUGGACACGUUCUUCUUCCUAAGCGGACUUUUGCUGGUGGUCAUUGCCCUGCGUGCGAUGGAGAGGACUAAGGGAAAGCUUAACGUGCCCCUGAUGUAUCUACAUCGCUUCCUGCGCCUCACCCCGGUUCUUGCGCUGGCCGUUAUCGUCUACAUGAAGAUACUGCCCCGAAUGGGCGAUGGUCCGCUGUACGGAAAAGUCAACUUUGAUGACUACACCUUAUGCGAGAGCACCUGGUACUGGACCAUUUUGUAUGUCCAGAACUAUGCCACCCACGACAUCUGCCUGGGGCAUUCCUGGUACCUGGCCGUCGACAUGCAGCUCUACAUCAUUGCACCCGUAAUUCUGAUCGGCCUCUUCAAAUGGAAGAGGAAGGCAGUCGCCGCGAUCUUCGUUGCAAUGCUGCUCCUGGCCGCCUGUCUCUUCAGCACAAUGGUUAUUGGGGACAUUUCCCUCAUUGCCCAGACCAAUGAUGCGAUGAACAAGGUCUACUUCUCCACCCACACUCGGGCGUCCCCGUACCUCAUUGGCAUCCUGUUUGGGUACUUCCUUCAUGUCAACCGGGGCAAGUCCUUCAAGCUGAGCCGCAUUGCAGUCACUCUGGGCUGGCUAGUUAGCCUGGCCCUGCUCUUCAGCUGCCUGUUCUCGGUCUUCGGCUAUGCCAAGCAGACAGUAACGCCGCCCAUUUUGGAGGAGGCCUUCUACCUGACCUUCACGCGGAUGGCCUGGCCCCUGGGACUCUGCUGGGUGGUCUUCGCGUGCAUGCAUGGAUACGGGGGGCUGGCCAACAGCUUCCUGUCCUCCCCGCUGUGGCAGCCCAUGUCGAAGCUCUCCUACUGCGCCUACAUUUUCCAUAUGUUCAUGGAGAGCCUCAACGCCGGCCUAGUGCGCACCAACACCUACUUCAGUGACUACCAAGUGAUGCUUCGUUUCUGGGGAGACUUUGGAUUCACUAUGCUGUUGGCCUUUUUUGCUUAUAUCCUGAUUGAGGCGCCCUUCGGAAACGUGGAAAGCCUCUUGUUGCCCGUAAAGAAGGCCAGUCCCCCCGUUGGGGAGUCCAAGUCCAAGUCAGCACCACAAGGACAUGAUGCGCCUGUUCCGCCGCUCCAAAACAAAUCACCCCUUCCGCAGUAGGGUUCUCUCUCUCUAUGUUUUAUAUCCUAAUAUUUAUAAUAGGCUUAUGAUUUUUUUUAAUACAUUUUAGUAAC